UUUUGCACUCACCAUGUAUUCAGAUUUGGCAAAGUGCAGAAGCUACUAAAAGAUAGAACCUCUAUCAUUUAUUAGCAAUCAUGAAAUUGGCAGUAGUUUUGGUUGCCAUUUUGGCUGUGGCCAAUGCCUGGGUAGUACCUAACUAUGACAAUAGCGAACUUAAAAAGGAUUUACAAGAGUUCGUAAAUUUGGUACCUGUCGACAAAAUCAAGAAGCUUGUUUUGCAAUAUGUCGCCGAAGAUGCUGAAGUACAGAAAGGUGUGGCAUACGCGCAUUCCACGGAGUUCAAAUCAUUGGUUCAAGAAGUCGAUGCCAUGCCUGAGUAUAUCAACCUGUUGAACUACAUAUAUAGAGCUGGUGUCGACAUUUAUUACUAUGUAAACCUUAUCCAUAAAUGGCUUGAUCUUCCUGAAUUGAAACCACCAAAGGAUUUUUCUGAAUAUGCUCUUACCGGUGGAUACAAGGGUCUCGUUGAAGAUGUUAAGAAAUUAAUUCCCAAAGACCAAAUCAAGGCUCUUUACCGUCAAAAACUCGAAACCUCUCCGGCCUUCAAAGAACUCAUGGAUCAUUUCAAUUCUUCCGAAUUCAAGGAACUUUAUGAUGCUGUCUAUAAGGACCCCCGUGUGAAACAUAUGAUCACCGUAGCCAAGCAAUCUGGUCUUGAUCUCGAAAAACUCAAAGAAUUUAUUAAAGAAAUUUGUCCCAUCUGUAUUGAGUUAAUGAAGUACCAUCUAACGUUUCUCGCAUCAUUGAUCUUAAUUGGAGUGUCCGCCUAUCCUCUUAAUAAUGAUUGGAGUAUGAAUGAAUUGGAUCACGAUAUAAUAGACUUUUAUAAUAUUAUGCCUGUAGACCAAAUAUUAAAAAUAGCAGAAAAAUAUAGGUCUGAUCCUGAAAUAGCAGCUACGAUGAAAUAUGCCACGAGCGAUGAAUUCCAUCGGUUGCUUUAUGCCGUAGAAGAUUUGCAGGAAUAUAAGAAGUUCGUUCUAUACCUUCAAGAAGCCGGUUAUAACAAGAUAAGAGAAAUGAAGACGAUCCAUUUACUUCUGAAAAUGAAAGAUUACGUGCCACCUCAACCAUCGAAUCUAAUGGUUGAAGCUGGAUAUGGUGGUUUAAAUGGUUUCAUAAAUGAAAUUGUCGCAAUACUUCCUAAAGAAAAAAUCCAGGAACUUCACCAACAGAAACUCGUAAAAUCAUCGGCCUUCGCGAAAUUCAAUUCUUAUAUUCUUUCGGAAAAAUAUGUUCAACUCGAGAAUGCUUUGAACAGCAAGAAUGAAUAUAAAGAAUUAAAAGAAAGAUCGAACGCAGCUGGCCUUGAUAUUCAAGCAAUUGAAAAUUUCAAGUACCAACUGCUUGGAAUUCAGAAAUGUAUAAAUAUCUGCUUUGUGAGGAUUACGGUACAUUCGAGUUUAUCAUCGUGCGAUAUAAACUACUGUGUACCGUUCCGAAAAAUAAUUUCAACAACUAUGAAGUACGUUUUUACGUUCUUCGCGACUUUAAUUGUCGUUGGAGUUUCUGCCAUACCACUUAAUGGCGAUCGUACGGAUUUAUUGAAUGGCAAUAGAUCAGAUACAUUUAUCGACAAUCUUUUGGGUAUAUUUAAUGGCAAUAAUAAGGAAGAAAAUCCUUUGGACAAAGAUCUUCUUGAUUUCGCACGACUCAUACCUCAAGACAAACUAAAUGAAAUUGCAAAAAAAUAUGUGAAUGAUUCUCAGUUAAUAAAGCAACAUGAAUAUGUAACGAGAGAAGAAUUCCACAACUUGGUAUAUGCUGUCGAAGCCUUACCGGAACAUCAGAAAUAUGUUCUCUAUAUUCAAAAAUCGGGAUACGAUAAAAUUAGAGAAAUUCAAUGGAUACAUUCGAUUCUUGGAAUGAAAGAUUAUGUACCACCCAAUCCAUCGAAUGAAGUAUUUAAGAAAAACGACAAAAACAACGAAGGUGGAUUGAAUGGUUUUGUCAACGAAAUUGUUGCAAUUCUUCCUGUAAAGGAAAUCAAAGAACUUCACGAAAAGAAACUCAAGGAAUCGAAGGCCUUUGCUAAAUUCGUUUCUUAUAUUCAAAGCGAAAAAUUACAUAAGAUAUGGAAGGAACUUAUUGACAAAGAACCAACGAAAGAAAUGUUAGGAGCAUUAAAAAUGAUUGGUAUUAAUUAUAUGGCGGUUUUGGAUCUUCAACUUCGUGUAGUUGGCAUCAGAUCAUAAAUCAUGACCAAAACAUUCCUACUAAAUCUAUUUCGGCAUAUAUAUAUAUAAUGAAUAUAUAUUUCUUGUAAUGCAACUAAACAUAUAUUCAUAUAUUUCAAAAAUAAUAAAAAAGUAACCAUUUAAAAGUUUUUAAUUAAUCAAUCCUACAAUUUACAAUUAAAUCCAUUUUAUCGUUUUUAUAAACCCUGAUUCUGAUAAUUGCUAAAAUAAUGUUAGAACUAUCGAUUCAGUUAUAAUCAUAUCAAUCAAUUUAUUAAGUAUUUAAACAAAUAAAUUAUUCGUUAUAUUUCCAAAGAUAAAUAUAAACUGUGAAAUAAAUAUAUAGAUUGGUAAAGUUCAAUAAAUCCACCAAAAAAAAAAUUCAUGAAAUCGGCAUCCUUUUACAAAUUCAAUUCUUACAUUCGUUCGGAAAAAUUUGUUCAAUCCAAAAAUGUUUCGAACAGCAAGAAUGAAUAUAUAAAAUUAAAAGAAAAAUCGAACGCAGCUGGCCUUGAUAUUCAAGCAAUUGAAAAUUUCAAGUACCAACUGCUUGGAAUUCAGAAAUAAAUCAAAUAUUAUUAUAAUUAAUAUAAUUUCGGAUAUGACAUUUUUCAUGUUUAGAAUUAAAUACAAUCGUUAUCUUAAAUAAAAUAAUCGAUAUAAAAAAUUAAUAAUA